AUGCGUACAACUUCACUAACUUUGUUUCUAACAUCUAACCUUGUUCUUACUGUACAUUAUACUUGUUGGUCAAUACCUCCUUCAAAGGUACGGCACAUGAGCAAACCUAUGCAUUCUUACUUUGUGAUUCAUCGAGAAUUUGAGGCAGUAAUACAAUAUGCAGCAAUCGAAUUCGACCGGCGGUCGUCACGCUUUUAG